GGGGGGGCACUAAAUGCUUGAUAGUUUCAAUCACAGGUAAACUAACUUCACUGGUACAUUUACCCCGACUUCUUAGCGCACGAAGACUUUAACAACGCUCAUAAAAACGUACAGAAAAGUUCUUAAAUCUUCAAACCUCGCAUACACUGUCAUUAGCACAGGGGCAAAUGUUGCAAAAAUAUGGCUUUCCUUGUACUUUAUUGGCAAGGUUCGCAUGGUAUUGUGAUAACAUGUACAGCUGCCAUCUUUUUACCUACGGAGGAUUGUGACUGGUUGACAGGUUUGCACCGGUUACAUGCAUGUGUUUGGUUUGAGUUUCAAUGGUUCACUGCAUUGUCUGCGUUCUUUGUGAUUAGCCAGGGUCAUAAUUUUGGUUUGGUCGUAUUACGACACUAAAUUUGAUACGUAACCGCUCUAAUACUUUGUAUGAUGUAUUCUAAUUAGGUCGCGCGCGCUACCUCACACUUGAAAUUACUCAUAAGAGCUUUGUGACGUGUAAUCAAACACGACGACUUGUGAGAGAAAUCAUGGCGGACGAAGGGAAAAAAGAUAUGUCCAUUGUUGAACACAAUGUAUUAGAAGUGUAUGAGGUGAAGGAUGGCGCUGUACAGGAGUGUAUGAUGUUUGUUAAAAAGUUGAGUGAAACAAGUCUGCGCGAUCUGGAGACUGAAAGAAGCAAUUUGAACGAUUUGCUGACGGAGGCCGAGAAGGAAGUAACGAAAUUAAAAACAUCACUAAAAACAGCCAAUGGCAACGUGGAGGAACUAUCGGCAACUGUGAAAUCAGAAAAAGAACAACGUCUGGACGUCGAGGAACUUCUUCAGACAACUCAAACUACGGUGGGUGAAUUGAAGAGCGAGCUGCAGCAAAGUAUGGAGUCGGCGGCCGCAUUGCAGAAACUACAUCAGGAGAAAUGCGACGCACUUACAGAGGCUCAAGAGAUGAUUACUAAAUUUACAGAAGAAAAAAAUGCCCUCCAAGAAGAACUCAAAACUCUGCAGCACUUGAGGUCUCAAGAUGAGGAAGAAGCUAACACGAUACAUCAACGCCUUCGCAAGGAACAAGAAAAAAUUUUACAGAUUGAAGAAGAACACGAAGAAGAAGUAACACAACUGAAAAAAGAGCUGACUGAACUACAGAAAAAUUUAACAUCAAUAAAGGAACAAGCUGCCGCUGAAUUAGCUCAACUCAAGCUAAAGCUUGACCUUGAACAGAAAAUGAAUGAAAGCUUAAGCAAUGAAGCUGAUAGCUGUGUUGAUGACAUCAAGACACAGCUUGUCAGGGUUACACGUGAGAACGGAGAGAUUCAAGCCAGCAAACAAUCGGCUUUACACCGACUAAAUACCGCGGAGGAAGAGAUAUUGACACUGCGGAGAAAACUAACUGAGGAGAAACAGAGACGAGAGGAACUAUACCAACAUAACAAGGUGAAUAUGGCGGAGGCAAAGAGCCAGUUAGAGAAAAAGAUUUCCGAGAAUGAAUUGUUAACAAUUGAAAAAGAUGAAAUUGAGAAAAAGCUUGAUUCUCUGGAAGAAGAAAAGAAGAAACUUCUUUGCAGCGCGGCAGAAUUGCGAGAAAAUAUGGAGGCAGCACGCUGUGAAGUUUGUUCCCUUCAGGAAGAACUGGAGGCUCUAAGAGUCUCUCACAAGGUGCAAGGUGAACAUAGCGAGGAACCUGGUUAUUCCUGGGCCAACAGGGUGGACGAAGAAGAGGAUUGGGAGCAGAAAUACAGAGAGAUUGAGAUUGAGCAAGAAACACUGCAGAAACAGUUUACUCAAGUCAGGAAACAUCGAAACCGAGUGCUGCGUGAGAAUGGUGGACUGCGUCGUCAAAUGUCCAUGGCAGCUGCUCAGCUGGCAGUCACCAAUCAGAAGUUUCAAAGACAGCUUCAGCAUUUCCGUACACAGCUCAAUAUGGCGGAACACUUGUAUCGUGAAAAAAUGUUGGAAUGCAGUAUUUUAGAGGUGCAAAUUAAGCAUCUAUUGAAGUCCUCUCCUACUGCUCAACAAAACUACGAUUACACUAACAACUCUGAAGACCAAGGCCGCGAGUACAUUGCCAGAUCUAUUGAUUUUGGCCGCCGACACGUCGGUCACGAUUUCCCUGCGCCCCGGUCAAUCCCGCGACCACGUGAUGACAACACGCGGCACGUGCAACACGCUGCGCGUCAGCAACAUUCGUCCAAGCACGUGACACAACAGAAGCGCGUGCCUUGUAUCCAGUCAGUUGAAGUACAGCCUGACACUUGCAUCUCUACUGUGGAACAAGAAUGCAGUUAUCCAGAUAGCUGUCCUGUUGAAUAUGUUGCACUGCCUGUUAACAGCACUACCGCUCCUGAACCUGACUUAUCUGUAUAGACUACAAAUCAUCAAAUUUAAAGAGCAUGUAUUGAACCAUUGUCAGCUCAUCAUAGCUCAAUAAAUUGUUUUGUUAUGGAAUGUGGUUUCCUUGACUUUUGAAUUAAGCUGGUGUAUCCUGUGUAGAAUUCUCUAGAUUCUUAUUGGAACUGAGAUUAGUUUUUGCGAUACGCCGAUAACUGGUGUCGGGUGAAUUUUAGAGAGACAAUCAGAUAUGGACGAAACUCUCCACGCGCAUUGCUAUAGGUUAUUUUCCAACCUCGUAUCCAGAGUCUUGCGUAGUAAGAAACCAAGACCCGAGGAACGAGAUUGGCUGUUUACUGAAACAUACUCAGCCAUCUAAUUAUAAAGAACGUUAUACAGUCGUUAUUUGUAAAUGAAGCCACCACUAUCUCCUCGCACUGCCUCUGACUCAUUCCCUCCCCUUCAAUAGCUCCUUUUGCGUGCCCCUUAAAGCCUGAAACACAAGAGAGACGCGACUGGGACGAUUGAGCCAUUUGUCAGCCUCUGGCUUUUUUUGUCCACCUUGCGCUAGAUUACAAAUCCUCUUCUUUCAACCAUAGUUAGUAGUCAAUUGACUGGGUCACUCUCUCUUUUCCAGCCCAUACACUUGUAGCCGAAUGUGUUGACUAGACUGUAAUAUCAACAUCAACAUCCGAGCAACAACAAAUAGAUUUGGAGAACACGAAUCAAACUUCUCCCCUCCCCUCCCCUCCCUCUUUCGGAGGAAACUGAGUCAUCUACCCCAGUC